AUGGUUAUUUAUUUAGGCGAUGCACUGUAUGAAGCUCUCAACUUUGCUUGGCGUGAUAAUAGUGAUGAUAAGAUUUUCUACGAUAAACUUGUGAUUUUAUUUACUGAUAGCGCUCCGAAUGGUCUUUUUACGGAUUUAAGUGGUAAAGAUCCUUGGAAAAUGUCACAUCAAUUUUUGAAAAAGGAUAUAACUUUACUUGCUGUUGGUGUUGAACCAACUAUCCUUGAAUGCGAUGAUUUCUACUGUGCAUUAGCUGAAAAUACCGGUGGAAAAUGUAUUCGGUUUGUUAACGCUGUGAGCAUUGUUCCAGCCGCUAUUGCCCGAGUUAUUGCUGAUGAACAAACAUUGUAUCAGGUUUUAGGUAAUAUUAGUAUCAAAGAUAUUGAAGAAAAUUCAAUGUUGACAUACUCAUACAUGAAAAAAUCGAGUUGA